AUGGGAGCUGAUGAUUCGUCAAUCAGGUGGUUUAAAUCAUAUUUAAAUAAUCGGAAUCAGAGAACUGUUGUGGGAAAUGCGAUGUCUUCUUCUCAUUCAGUGAACAUAGGAGUCCCUCAAGGCAGCGUACUUGGUCCUCUAUUCUUCUUAAUUUACAUUAACGAUUUAGCUCAGGGUUUGCAAAACUCGAAAGCUGCAUUGUUUGCUGAUGACACCGCAAUUUAUUGUUCUGCAACUUCUGCUGCAGACCUACAGUUACAUCUUAAUGAGGAUUUGAAGAUUGUUAGGAAGUGGAUGGAAACAAACAAGUUGACUUUGAAUGUUUCUAAAACUAAUUUAAUGGUUAUUGGAGGAAAGCAAAGAUUAUGA